AUGAAAGCUCUCGUGGAAUUUCUCAGAGAAGGAGAUACCGAACUUUUACCGAUGAUCGAGGCCUACAUUUCUUCCCAGGCUCGGAUACAAGGGACCGAGAACCCGAGCGGGGGAUUGGCGGACGGUAGUGGACUAGGUGAACCAAAGUUUAUGGCUGAUGAGACGCCGUUUGCAGGGCCCUGGGGUCGCCCGCAGCGGGACGGACCUGCUUUGCGGGCGACUGCGAUGAUCGAUUUUGGAUGGUGGCUAUUGAGUCAAGGGCACCAUGAGGUGGCGAAUGCCAUGGUGUGGCCAAUUGUACGCAAUGAUUUGUCCUACGUAACUCAGUACUGGAACCACUCUGGAGGCUUUGACAUCUGGGAGGAAAUUCAAGGCCGCUCAUUCUUCACCCUUGCCGUGUCUCAUCGUGCCCUCGUUGAAGGAAGCAUCUUUGCGGGAAGCCUGGGACGUUCAUGCUACGAAUGCGUUUCCCAGGCGGCGCAAAUUCGUUGUUUGAUGCAGUCUUUCUGGACGGGCAGAUUUAUUCGCAGCAACCUGGAUAGCAGUCGAAGCGGCAAGGAUGCGGCCACUCUGCUAGCGGUUACGCACACGUUUAAUCCUCUUGCUGAGUGUGACGACGUCACCUUCCAGCCGUGUUCUGCCCGUGCAUUGGCAAAUCAUCGCAGAAUAAUGGACACCUUCCGAGAUGUAUACGACAUCAAUGCGGACCGUGGUCAGGACGAAGCUGUCGCCGUGGGGCGAUAUCCUGAGGACGUCUAUUUCGGAGGAAACCCUUGGUUCCUUUGCACUCUAGCGGCGGCAGAGCAACUCUACGAUGCCUUAUAUCAAUGGGGUCGUCUUGACUCGAUAGAGGUAAAUAGCGUGUCGCUUCCCUUCUUUCAAGCUCUACAUUCGUCUACCGUCCCUGGUACUUACUCGUCCUCGUCGGAAACCUAUCACCAACUGGUUGACGCGGUUCGAACGUAUGCAGAUGGGUUUUUGCGCAUCGUGCAAAAUUAUGCCUGGAACAAUGGCUCUCUAUCAGAGCAAUUUUCGCGAUACAACGGAUCACAUCUCUCGGCAAAUGACCUGGCCUGGUCUUACGCAACUCUUCUUAGCGUAAGCCGUCGUCGAAGCGCAAUAGCCCCGCCCCCGUGGGGUAAUUCGGGAAGUCCGAGCGUCCCUUUAACGUGCUCGGCUACUGCAGUACCGGGAACAUACAGCAGCGUGACAAUCACCUCAUGGCCAGCCAUAGGUGGACUGCCGACAUCGGCUCCCGAGCCAUGCCAGCCUCCCGCAUCAGUUUCCGUGACGUUCGAAGUCACUGCGGGAACAGCUUGGGGCGAGGAUAUCCGAGUACUCGGAUCAACCGAGGCCCUUGGCAAUUGGAACCCCGCGAGGGGGCUACCUCUCCAUGCUGACCGCUACACAGCAGAACAGCCCUUGUGGUAUGGCACGAUCAGGCUGACGGCAGGACAUAAGUUCGAGUACAAAUACAUUCGCCUGAAAGAUGGGCAGGUCUCGUGGGAACGAGGUGCAAAUCGGCAGGUGGAAGUCCCAGACUUGACGAUGAACUCGGUCGAGUAUAUGCCUCAUGUCCGUACCCGUAUUCGAGAAAAGGGAAUUGAUUUCACAAACCACUUUGUCACAACGGCACUUUGCUGCCCUUCUCGCGUAACUUUAUGGACUGGUCGACAGGCACAUAAUACUAACGUGACUGACGUCUCCCCACCUUUUGGUGGAUAUCCCAAGUUUGUCUCGCAAGGCUUCAACGAAGACUGGUUCUCCGUGUGGCUUCAAGAAGCUGGAUACAACACCUUUUACGUUGGGAAACUGUUCAAUUCACACAGUGUUGAGACAUACAACGACCCUUUCGUCAAAGGCUUCAACGGAUCAGACUUCCUUCUUGACCCGUUCACAUAUUCUUACUGGAACUCUACUUAUCAGCGAAACCACGAGCCGCCGAAGAGCUAUGCAGGCCACUACACCACGGACGUGACGGAGGAAAAGGCUCUCGGGUUCUUAGACGACGCGCUCGAAGACACAAGCCGGCCAUUUUUCCUCACAGUCGCGCCGAUCGCACCGCAUUUUGACCAACAGCCUGAUCGUCCUGCUGGGACACCUCCGCAGGCUCCGGUCCCUGCGCCGCGACAUGCCCACCUAUUCCCUGAUGCUCGCGUACCGCGCGUUCCCUCGUUUAACCCAGUCCAUCAAUCUGGCGCCUCCUGGAUCAAAGAGUUAGCUCUUCAGAACCAAAGCGUUGUCGACUACGAAGACUUCUUCUACCGCCAGCGCCUCCGCUCCCUGCAAGGCGUCGACGAGCUGGUCGACAAACUCAUAUCCCGCCUCGAAGAGAGCGGCCAGAUUGACAACACCUAUGUGAUCUACAGCUCCGACAAUGGCUUCCAUAUUGGGCACCAUCGUCUCCCGCCGGGAAAGACUACUUCCUACGAAGAGGAUAUCCGUGUCCCAUUCUUCGUGCGCGGACCGGGGAUCCGACCAAAUCAGACGGAGAACCGUGUGACGACGCAUGUUGAUUUUGCCCCUACAAUCUUUGAGCUUCUGGGCCUCCCACUACGUGAUGAUUUUGACGGCACGCCGAUGCGCAUUGCGAAGAAUAGCUCCGCGGUUGCACAUGAACAUGUUACUGUUGAAUACUGGGGAACCGCUGUGCUAGAGGGUAACUAUGCAAAACUAUCACCGUCACACACCCACCGCAUGCCUAACACAACCUACAAAUCAGCCCGCAUCGUCAGCGAACAGUACAACCUGUUCUACACAGUCUGGUGCAACAACGACCACGAACUCUACGACCUAAAGACCGAUCCCUACGAAAUGAAUAACAUCUACACCUCCGCUCCACAAACCCUCCUAAAUCGCCUCGACGCCCUCCUCCUCGUACUGAAAUCCUGCGCCGGAGUCACAUGUAUCAAGCCAUGGGCCGAACUCCACCCCGACGGCUCGGUGGAGAGCCUCAGCGACGCGCUGAGUCCGAAGUAUGAUUCGUUCUACGAGAGUUUGCCCAAGGUGAGCUAUUCGGUUUGCGAAGAUGGGUAUAUUGUCGUGGCGGAGGGACCGCAGUGGGGAGACUUUGAGGUGGCUGGGUCUGGCUCGGAUGCGAGGAAGUUGUUUUAGAG